GAAACUCUGAAGCGUGGCGCUGGUCUGCGCCGCUUCUUCCGGGACCUUUGCGACCCGCCGGUCCGUCCGGCUGCGCUCAGAAAAACUACUUUUCAUAACAACAACACCACGCUACUAGCUCGCGCUCAUUAGCAUGCUGCUACACGGGCAGCUAGCUGGCUAAACGGCUUCCGGUGUUUUCUACAGUUCGAUUAUCUGUUACGACACGAGUUAAAUGAGAGAAGAAGAAGAAGGGAGGGUGACGUCAUGCAGACGUCACUCCUGUGAUACUACAGUGAUGAAGUUUAGGUGGAAAAUCCGUUGGCAGCAAUAACUGAAGUACAAGUACUGCAUUCCAGUGCAGUUUGUAAUGUACUUGUACUUCACGUGAGUAGUUCUUCUUUAUACUGCUUUUCAGAGGGAAUGACCAUUGGCCCACCCGGUGCAGAGGUUCUGCGAGGUGGACCCGUGAAAGCCCUGAUCGUGACGGCGCUCCUGGCUGUGUUUAUGCUCCCACUGCUGAGGGCUGUUGGCUCGAGGGCGUUGUCCACGUUGUCCACGUUGUCCACGUUGUCCACGCUGUCCACGCUGUCCACGUUGUCCACGUUGUCCACGUUGUCCACGCUGUCCACGUUGUCCACGCUGUCCACGUUGUCCAUGGCGUCCGAGACGUACGCGUCGGGGACUCACUGCGCCGCCUUCGUCACCUGUCCCAACGACGGCGUGGCCAAAGAGUUGGCCAGGGCGAUCGUGGAGAGGAAGCUCGCCGCCUGCGUCAACAUCGUGCCCGCGAUCACGUCCGUCUAUGAGUGGCAGGGGAAGAUCGAGGAGGACAAUGAAGUGCUGCUGAUGAUUAAAACCAGGAGCUCCAAGGUGCCCGCUCUGGCCCAAUACGUCCGCUCCAACCAUCCCUACGAGGUGGCCGAGGUCAUCAGCCUCCCCAUCGACCAGGGCAACCCGCCCUACCUCAAGUGGAUCGGGGAAGUCGUCCCCGAGUAGCGACUCGAAGGCACGAGCAUCUGCUCCAAGACAGAAAGAUGUCCAUCAUGUGAAUAAGUGACUUUUCUUUUGAUGAUUUACAACUCUAUAGAUGUUCUUAGCUCCUGAAUGUUGUUGCCCUCUAGAGGGCGGCAGAGGGCUGCGGAAUAAACCUCUUUACAACAAAGUG